GACAUCCUUCAUCUCAUGGUUAAGGAAUGGAAAAUGCAACUUCCAAAGCUGCUUAUUUCUGUACAUGGUGGUACACAGAAAUUUGACCUUCACCCUCGUAUUAAAGAUGCAUUAUCCAAGGGGUUUAUUAAAGCUGCAGAGACCACAAGAGCUUGGAUAUUGACAGGAGGAGUGAAUAAUGGGGUCGCCGAACACAUUGGUGAUGCUUUGAAGAACCACACUUCCCAUCUGUUCCAUAAGGUGUGCACCAUUGGCAUAACACCAUGGGGCUUAAUUGAUGGUAGACAGGAUCUGAUUGGAAGAAAUGUUGUUGCUCCAUAUCAGACAUUACUGAACCCUUUGAGCAAACUCCAUCUACUAAAUAGCCUUCACACUCAUUUUAUCCUGGUGGAUGAUGGAACAGUUAGACAACAUAGAGCAGACAUUCACAUACGAUGGGAAUUAGAAAACAGAAUUUCCCUGCAACAGAUCCAUGCAAGGACUGGCAAGAGAAUACCAAUUGUGGCUCUAAUACUAGAAGGUGGUCCCAACACUAUCCUUACAGUCUAUGAGUAUCUUCAACAGACACCUCCAGUGCCAGUUGUGGUCUGUGAAGGGAGUGGCAGGGCAGCAGACCUCCUGGCAUAUAUGUAUAAGCAGACAGAGAGUCAAGGAAAUCUUUUGGAUGGUGUACAAUCCGAUGUUAUAGCCACCAUAAAGAAAACAUUCAGCCUCAAUCAGAGUGAAGCUAUCCAUAUGUUCCACACUUUAAUGGCUUGCAUGAAGUCAAAGCACCUAAUAACUGUAUUCCAUGCUGGACCAGAAGAACAACAAGAUAUUGAUGUUGCAAUCCUUACAUCACUGUUAAAAGGUACAAAAAUGUCUCCGUAUGAUCAGCUUGUUCUGGCCUUAGCCUGGGACAGAGUAGAUAUCGCCAAAAAUUUUAUUUUCACACAAGGACAACAAUGGUUGACAGAGCUACUGGAACAAGUUAUGCUGGAUGCACUUGUAAUGGACAGAGUGGCAUUUGUCCAACUUCUCAUCGAUCAUGGUGUCAGUAUGCACAGAUUUCUAACAAUCCCCAGGCUGGAAGAGCUGUACAAUGCAGUACCGAAUGCAAGUAAAGACACCAUAAUACGUCUCAUCCAGGAUGUGAAGAAGGGUAAACUAUUAGCAGAAUACAAGAUCACUCUGAUGGACAUAGGACUAGUUAUUGAAUACCUUAUGGGUGGAACGUUUAGAUGCAGUUACACCACGAGAGGCUUCAGAACUAUGUACAAACUUUUAAAACAGAAUUUUGUGCAAAACACUUCAGUCAAUUCCUCUACAAAGAAUGAAACCUUGGACAUAUCACAGAGAAGAAAGAAAACAAGGCAUGAUCACUUUCUUCAAACAGCUCAGCCCACGAAACCACAGAAAGAUUUAUGUGAAAAAGACAACCCAUCAAAGCCAUCUAAAGCUGGCAUCCUUGGAACUGAAGAUGAUAACAGAAGGCCUUUCCCUUAUCCAUUUCAUGAUCUUCUGGUGUGGGCAGUAUUGAUGAUGAGACAGAAGAUGGCACUCUACUUCUGGCAAUGUGGAGAAGAAUCCAUGGCUAAGGCUUUGGUUGCGAGAAGUCUUUACCGAGCAAUGUCUCAUGAGGCUCGAAUGUGGGAUAUCUUUGAUGACACACCAAAAAAGCUAAAAGCCUAUUCCAAAGAAUUUGGGACCCUAGCAGAAGAACUCCUGGAUAAAACCUACAAACAGAAUGAAAUAAUGACAAUGAAGCUACUGACAUAUGAGCUGAGCAACUGGAGUAAUACAACUUGCCUUAAACUUGCUGUUUCUGGAAAAUUUCGAACAUUUAUUUCCCAUGCAUCCACUCAAAAGCUGCUUACGGAUAUUUGGAAUGGAAGACUGAACCUAAGGAAAAAUUCUUGGUGCAAGGUGAUUUUAGGCAUUUUUUUCCCGCCAAUAAUUCCACUGUUGGAAUACAAAAGCAGAGCGCAAAUGUCCCAUAUCCCAAUGUCCCAGGAUGCACAUGAAAUGAUUCUAAAUAAAAGUCUGCAGGUGAAGUUCUCUGUAGAAGGUGGUGCAAUGAAUAUUCAUAAAGAAGCCUCAUUGUGUGAUGCAUCUGGAGGAAAUGUUCCUGAUGUGAGGAUUGAACAAAAACUCCACCAUCUUCCGUUGUCACAGAAAUAUUUCUCAUUUUACCAUGCACCAAUUGUGAAGUUCUGGUUUAACACGCUGGCAUACCUGGUGUUUUUAAUGUUGUACACCUAUGUGGUCCUGGUUAAAAUGGAAAAUAUUCCUUCUGCGCAAGAAUGUAUUGUGUUUAUAUUUGUAGUCACCACAGCUGUGGAGAUAACACGAGAGAUCUUCAUUUCAGAAGCUGGAAAAAGCAUCCAAAAAUUUAAAGUGUGGCUCUACAGUUAUCUCAAUGUUAAUGAACUGCUGGGAAUAAUAACCUUCUUUGUGGGGUUUUGUUUGAGACUUAGCUCUAUUAAUCCCAGAAAUAAUUCUUCUGAGAACUUGGUGUUUGUUGCUGGAAGAUUAAUAUGCUGUCUGAGCAGUAUAUUUUGGUACGUGAAGUUAUUGGACAUAAUAAAUGUCGGUCAAGAAGCUGGUCCAUAUGUUUUCAUGAUUGGAAAAAUGGUAUCAAGAAUGUUUUACGUUGUGAUCAUCAUGGGAAUAGUAGUGAUGUGCUUUGGUGUGCCAAAACAGGCAAUCCUUUAUCCUAAUGAAGAACCAUCCUGGUCCCUUGCUAAAGCUGCAGUAUUUCGUCCAUACUGGAUGACCUAUGGUGAAAUGUUUGCAUACGAAAUAGAUCCUUGCGCCAAUGACACGGUCACUCCCACCCUCUGCGUUACUGGAAGUUGGCUGCAUGGAUUUCUGCAGGCCGUGUAUGUGUUUGUACAGUACAUUAUUAUGGUCAAUCUUCUCAUUGCUAUACUAAGUAAUGUGUACGAUGAGUGUAAAAGAAUUUCUGAUCAUCUGUGGAAGUCUCAGCGCUAUUAUUUUGUCAUGUUGUAUCACAAUAAGCCCGUGCUGCCUCCACCCUUCAUUCUCCUCAGCCAUUUAACUGCUCUGAUAAAAUGGCUGUGUGGACAGAGAAAGAGGUCAAAUUCUCAGGGGCCAUACCUCUUCCAGACUGAAGAAGAUAAAAAGAGGCUGCAUGAAUUUGAAGAAAAAUGUGUACAGAUCUUUUUUAAAGACAAGAAAGAUGAUGAUAACUCAAAGAGUGAUGAAAAAAUCAGACAAACAUCUGUAAGAGUGGAAGAUAUGUUUGAAGACAUAAAGGAUGUCCGAGAUUAUGUUAAAUCUAUAGAUAAUUUACUUCACCAUCUAGAUGAUCACAUUGGAAACUUACAGGACCUUUCAGGUCUGACAUUGGACUCUGUAAAAAGUUUAACUGCACAGAAAGCCAUGGAAUCCAAAAAAUGGCAUAGCAUGAUGUCCUGUGAUUUAAGUCUCUCAAACCAAACCACUGAUGAUGGACUUGGACAAUCAAGCACAUGGAAGAAGAGCCAAAGCAGCCAAAAGUGGGGUCAUUCCUUAUCAUAUCCUGGUCUUGAAAAGUAUAUUAAAACUUCCAGUUCCCUCCAAAAUGUCAGUGAGUCCAAUUUUCGUCCUGUACACAAUUCUUUGUUUUACUUAUCUGAUCAUCCAGAAUUCCAGCAUGGAGAGGUCUAUGAAGAGAAAAAAAUGGAUUAUGUCCAACACAAAUCUCUAAAAAGCAGGCCUCAUGUAACACAUGAAACGUCAACUCAAAAUGGCUUAGAAGGGCAGGUUCCGGAAUUUAUAACAGUGGUUCAGUCGAGAAAGAGCCUGUUACAAGUUGCACCAAAAGGUCUGGAAUCGGCCACUUCAAAAAUAUUUGGGAAGACAUACAAAGAGGAAGGUUUUGUUAAUUUUACAUUUACUGAUGAUGACAACAAGGCGAUUCAUGAAAAUGACAUCGGGGAUGGUUGUUCAUAUUUUAAAUCAUCUUCUGACCUGAAAGCUAAGGCAUCUGAACAGCUAUCAGAGGAAGUGUCACCACAUGAUGAUAGCCAUGAAGCUAUUGUAAAAAAAGGGAAAGGUCAACACAGUAACAAUAAUAGUCUCACUGGAGUAUUUCAGAAAUUAUGGAAACCAUCCAAAGGCCCAGGAGGCGAGAUUCCUGCAGAAAAACAGACAUUUUCAGAGUCACAGUCAUGUCACAAGGAUGAGGACAAUCUCCGAAGAUCACACUCAUUCACAGAAUUAACACAAUCACCUUCUUCACCGACAGCCAAUGGCCAAUUUGAUCUGGAUGGUAGAUCAAUUUCAUGUGAAGACCUGCACCAGAUCGACUCUACAGCAGCAUUACUAAAGGAGCAGUAUAACAGUCGAUACUCUUCAGGUCACAAGUUGUCUGUUCCAAAAGAAGGCUUCACAAAGUUUGGAUGCAAUUUUAAACCAUCCAUGGAUACAACGUUCUAUUAUUCUGCCAUUGAAAGAAACAACUUGUAUCGACUUUCUCUGAGUAUUCCCUUCACCCCUCUUCCUCCAGUCGGAGAUCUGGUUACGGUGUAUCGUCUGGAGGAGAGUUCUCCCAGCAUCCUAAAUAACAGCAUGUCCUCCUGGUCACACAAUGGCUUCUAUGCUACAAUAGAGGUUCUUAGUAAAGAAGAGAUGGGAGGAGGAAUAAGACGGGCUGUGAAAGUGGCGUGUACUUGGUCUCAGAAUGAUAUCCUUAAGGCAGGACACCUGUACAUCAUCAAGUCCUUCCUUCCCGCAGUGGUAAAUACCUGGUCAGAGGUUUACAAGGAAGAAACGGUGAUCCAGCUAUGCCUCAGAGAAAUCCAGCAACAGAGAGCUGCUCAAAAACUGCUUUUUGCCUUCAACCAAAGGAAACCAAAAACAAUUGCGUACUCUCCAAGGUUUCUGGAAGUGUUCCUCUUGUACUGUCACUCAGUCGGUCAGUGGUUCACAGUGGAAGAAUACAUGGCGGGAAAGUUUCGAAAAUACAAUCACAACACAGGUAGUGAGAGUGUACCAUCAAACAAGCUAGAGAAGACUAUGCUGGCCUUCAGCCACUGGACCUAUGAAUAUACCAGAGGCGAAUUUCUAGUUUUAGACUUGCAAGGUGUAGGUGAAAAUCUGACAGAUCCAUCGGUUAUUAAAGCAGGGGAACACAGAUCACAAGAUAUGAUAUUUGGACCGGCUAACUUGGGGGAUAAUGCCAUCAAAAACUUCUGCAUGAAACACCAAUGCAACACAUGCUGCAGAUAUCUGAAACUUCCUGAGAUGAAAAUAAAUGAGUACAUUACAGAUGCAGCCUUGUUUCGAGGCAAAUCUCAAGUCUCCAUUGAAAACUGUGAGAUAAAAGCUCAGGCCAGCAACCUAUCGGUGCCAUACACUGACUGA